AUGACUACUAUUCGUGCUUUUCUUGCUAUAGCAGUUUCAAAAAACUGGGAGAUUCAGCAAAUGGAUGUUCAUAAUGCUUUCCUACUUUAUGUUGAUGAUCUUAUUAUUUCUGGGAAUGAUUCCGCUGCAUUAAAUGUGUUCAAAGCUUAUCUUGGUGAUUGUUUCAAGAUGAAGGAUCUUGGUCCUUUGGAAUAUUUUUUGGGCAUUGAAGUUGCUCGUAGUAAAUCAGGUUUGUUUUUGUGUCAACGAAAAUACACCUUGGAUAUUGUUUCUGAAGCAGGGCUAUUAGGUGCGAAACCAAGUGGUUUCCCGAUGCAGAACCACAGGCUAAGUCUUGCUAGUGGUGAGUUACUUGAGAAUCCCGAGUCUUAUCGUAGACUGGUAGGGCGGUUUAUUUAUCUCUCGGUGACUAGACCGGAUUUGGCAUAUUCGGUUCAUAUUCUUUCACAAUUUAUGCACAAGCCACGGAUUGAGCAUUGGGAAGCAGCUCUCAGGGUGGUUCGUUAUUUAAAAGGUACCCCAGGACAGGGUAUUUUGUUGAGUGUAGAUAGUGACCUGACUUUGCAGGGAUGGUGUGAUUCUGUUUGGGCGGCGUGUCCUCUUACCCGUCGUUCGUUGACAGGUUGGCUUGUGUUCCUUGGUAAAUCACCUAUUUCUUGGAAGACCAAGAAACGGCCCACAGUUGCCACAUCCUCUUCGGAGGCUGAGUAUCGUUGCAUGUCUUCAACCACACAUGAGUUGAAAUGGUUGAAGGCCUUGCUUUUGAGUUUGGGUGUUGAACACCCUAAGGCGAUCAAGUUGUUUUGUGAUAAUCAAUCUGCUUUAUAUAUAGCUCGAAAUCCAGUUUUUCAUGAACGUACGAAGCACAUUGAGAUUGAUUGUCACAUUGUUCGUGAUGCCAUUACAGAGGGCUUAAUUGAUCCUUCCUAUGUUUCCACUAAGGAGCAACUUGCAGACAUUUUCACUAAGGCGCUUGGGAAGUCUCAGUUUGAUCAUCUUCUUUCCAAGUUGGACAUUUACAAUCCCCCAUGCUCCAACUUGAGAGGGGGUAUUGAGGAUAUUAUAUAUUAG